AGAAAAAACAAACAAGCACAACAUUAAAAGAGACAAAUGAAAAUAGGAAAAAGAAAAUUCGCUUUAUCUCUGUUCAAAAUGGCAGCCACGCUAAAACAAAUAAUAACAAGCGAAAAAUAGGAAGAAAAAAAAAAUCAGUGGAAGAGGAGAACCUUAUGGAUCAUAAAAUUGUGAUAAGAGAAAGUUGUAUUGAAAGUGAAUCUGAUGUAUGUGAAGCUGACACAAACAAAGAAGAAACAUUUCUAAUUACAGAAAGUUGUACAGGAGAUGAAUCUGGUUUAUGUGAACUCAACCUGAACCAAGAACCACAUGAGGGUAUGCUAUUUGAAUCUGUACAAGCUGCAAAAGCUUUCUAUGAUGAAUAUGCUAGGCGGGUAGGAUUUUUGACACGAAUAAUUUCGUCCCGUAAGUCUGAGCUUGAUGGAUCAAUCAUCCAUCGUCGACUUGCAUGUAACAAAGAAGGUUUUAAUCUCAACAGACAAAAGAAUGGACGUGUUCAGAUACGAAAGCGAGAGAGCAAACGAGAAGGAUGCAUGGCGAGGAUGAUAGUGAAGAGAGAGAAACCAGGGAGAUGGGUUAUCUCAAAAUUUGUGAAGGAGCAUACUCAUCCUCUAUUAAUUACUUCAGUAAACGGUCAACCAAAUCCUAUGCAGCAGGAUGACAAAGAUAAGAAAAUCCAGGAAUUAUCUUCUGAGCUGGUUAAUGCAAACCAGGAGUUAAUGGCGUGUCGAGAACAACUAUGUGCAUUUAUGAACUACAUUGAGGAACACACUGAGCACCUGUCAAAAACAGUUGAAGAUCGCUAGAGACUCUACACCAUUCCAUGUCCCAGGUUCUGUAAAUAAGUUGUAGCCUUUUUUUUUUUGUAACAGUAUUAUAAGAUUUGAUCUUAAGCAUUUUGUUUGUUCAAAAUAUAAGAGACCAUAGUCCUUGAGCUUUUCA